ACUAUUAGCAUUGAUUGAUCUGAAAGAAUUACAAUCAAAAAAUGGAGCAGAAGAAGAACAAGUACAGUAUAAUUGUACCCACCUACAACGAACGCCUCAACAUUGCUCUCGUCAUUUACCUCGUCUUUAAGCAUCUCCCGGAUGUUGAUUUCGAAAUAAUUGUAGUGGAUGAUGGAAGUCCAGAUGGCACACAGGAUAUUGUCAAACAAUUGCAGAAAGUAUAUGGAGAAGAUCAUAUUUUAUUGAGACCUCGAGCUCGGAAACUUGGUUUAGGCACUGCAUAUAUUCAUGGUUUGAAGCAUGCCUCAGGCAAUUUUGUUGUCAUUAUGGAUGCGGAUCUUUCUCACCAUCCAAAAUACCUGCCAAGAUUUAUCAAGAAACAAAUGGAGACAGGUGCCAGUAUAGUUACUGGAACUCGAUAUGUUACUGGUGGUGGUGUCCACGGAUGGAACCUUAUGCGCAAAUUGACAAGUAGGGGAGCAAAUGUCCUUGCACAGACAUUACUUUGGCCGGGUGUAUCAGACUUAACUGGAUCCUUCCGGCUGUACCAGAAAUCUGCACUAGAAGACAUCAUAAGCUCUUGUGUAAGUAAAGGAUAUGUUUUUCAGAUGGAGAUGAUUGUUCGGGCUUCAAGAAAAGGUUACCGCAUUGAAGAGGUUCCAAUUACUUUUGUCGAUAGAGUAUUUGGAAGUUCCAAGCUGGGAGGAUCUGAAAUAGUGGAGUACCUGAAGGGCCUUCUGUAUCUUCUGGUUACAACUUGAUAUGGAUAGCAAGCUGUGACAAUCUAAAGACUUGAACUAGGACCAUUUAACAUAUUCUUUUUCUUUUUGCUUCAGCUUAGGUGACAAAAUUUUUGAUUAAUGAGCUAUUAUGUGUUGGAAAGAAUGUUACUGAAGUAAACGCUACUUUGGCUUAUUUUGUGGAUGCUGCUUUUCAAUAUUGGCUAAUACACUUGUACAAGUUGUCUGUUAUCAGAUAAUGUCAUAAAAGGGCUUCCUUUUUCGGAUC